UCAUCUCUUCACUGCUAAAAAUCUGAUCUUUAUUUCUUCAGCCUCCAAUCUCGCAUCACUCAAAGUUCAAUUUUUUCUCAAUCAUACUCGAAAUCAAGCCCAACCCAUUUUCCAGUUUCGUUUCUUGAACAAAUACCAUUUGUCUUUCUUCCUGAAAAAAUAAGAGAUUUCUUUCUUAGAAAAUGGCUGCAAAGACAACAACUAAAGACAUAAUUACAAUUCGAGGCUCUGCGGCGAUCGUCAGCGAGUUCUUCGGCUAUGCUGCAAACAGCAUUCUGUAUAAUCGGGGAGUUUAUCCUGAAGAGAGUUUUGUAAAAGUGAAGAAAUAUGGGCUCCCUAUGCUGCUUACCGAAGACGAGGGUGUCAAAUCAUUCAUUUCCAACCUAAACGCACAGCUUUCAGAGUGGUUGGAAGCUGGCCAGUUACAAAGAUUAGUUCUUGUGAUAAUGAGCAAGUCUACAAAUGAAGUUUUGGAGAGGUGGAACUUCAGCAUUGAGACCGAUGGCGAGGUUGUUGAGAAAGGGGUGUCAAGGGAAAAAAGUGACAAAGAAAUUAUGAGGGAGAUUCAAGCAAUCAUGAGACAGAUUGCUUCUAGUAUUACUUACUUGCCAUGCCUUGACGAGCCCUGUGUGUUUGAUGUUCUAGCAUAUACAGAUAAAGAUGUUGCAGUACCAUUCACUUGGAUUGAAAGUGAUCCCAAACUGAUUGCUAAUCCCCAGAUGGUGAAAUUGCAUUCUUUUGAUACAAAGAUUCACAAGGUCAACACUCUAGUAUCAUACAAGAAUGAUGAAUGGGAUGAGGAGUAGUGAGUAGAGAAUAAUAAGACAAGACCUCCCUAAAUGGUGUUUUCUCUAUGUCUUUCCUUUGAAUUUGAGGGAGUGUGAGAGUUGUGAAUCUUUUAUUCACAUUUUGUAUCCAGAGUGGGCGUUGUACCAAUGUCUUGUAUUCGUUUUUUGUGUCGUUUUUAAUGAAGAAGUUGCUUCUUUCGUCAA